AGGCUGCUGAGACUGCAAGGCAGGAAGAUGAACAAUAUGCUCAGCGCUGGAUGUCGGAGGUUGUUGCCUGCGAGGCGGACAGCGUGCCCCAAGGAAUCCUGGCGCCUUCUCAUCCUUCCCACCCGUCGGCCUUCACUGGGAGCGUUGCCGCGCUCACGGCUCCAGCAAACCCAAUGAGUCUUCGGCCCCGCCGCGAGGCACGUACGAUCAUUUCCAUCACGAAUCAAGUCGCAGCCGCUGCAGCCGCUGGAACCGCAUUGAUUAGCGUGUUGAAAAUUGUGCCUUCAGCUAUUCUAAGCUGAGGUGGCUUCAGUUUGUCGGACGGAGAGGCGUUUCCAUUCAUGUUUGUUUCGUCGCAUAUCAAACUUCCUUUGGGGUCCAACAACUUCGCGCUUCUUGUUGCAACAUCAUUCUGAACGGGAGGGAACGCAAAACUGUCAUUGUCGCAGUUGCAAGGAAAAGC